UUCCUAUAGGUAUGUGGAGAAAGAGUGGAGAGGAAAGUAUUGGGAUUUGGACACAGAGUUCCUGAUCCUGGAGGCUGGCCUAGUGACUGGAGGUUGGCAUCCCAAGAGGCCAUGGCCCGGGAGAAGUUGAAAUUGGAAGAGGAGAAGAAGAAGAAACUCGAAAGAUUUAACAGUUCUAGACUUAACAUGGAGACCCUGACUGACUUGGAAAACUUGGUUCUAAGACGGAAAGAAAAGCGACUGAGACGCAGAGUCCCCCCCAGGGAACCUGAGCCCAUGGUUAAGCCGCAGCCCCAGGUCCAGGUGGAGUCUGUGGACCUGGAGAUGUUCCUGAAGGCAGCUGCUGAGAACCAGGAGGCCGUGAUUGACAAGUACCUGGCAGACGGAGGGGACCCCAAUGCCCAUGACAAGCUUCACCGUACAGCCUUGCACUGGGCCUGUCUGAAGGGUCAUAGCCAGCUGGUGAACAAGCUUCUGGCAGCUGGUGCCACUGUGGACCCUCGGGACUUGCUGGACAGGACACCCAUGUUCUGGGCCUGCCGUGGAGGACACCUGGACAUCCUUAAAGAGCUGCUUAACCAGGGAGCCCGGGUCAAUGCCCGGGACAAGAUCUGGAGCACUCCCCUGCACGUGGCAGUGCGUACUGGGCACUCUGACUGCCUGGAGCACCUCAUCGAGUGUGGAGCCCACAUUGAUGCACAGGAUAAAGAAGGGGACACAGCUCUACAUGAGGCUGUGCGGCAUGGCCGCUACAAAGCCAUGAAACUGCUGCUGCUCUAUGGAGCGAAGCUCGGCGUGCAGAACAUGGCCUCCAUGACACCAGUGCAGCUGGCACGAGACUGGCAGCGGGGCAUCCAGGAAGCACUGCAAGCCCACGUUGCACAUCCCCGCACCCGGUGCUGAUGACAACAGCAGGCCUACAAGUUACCUGUAGUCACCAUUCCAUCUCCUCCCCUCCCAUGUAUCUGCACCCUGUAGUUCUUUCCUCAAUCCAGCUUCUUCUCUCAGGGGCUUUGCUUCCUCAGGCCUCUGAGGCAGCCCUGUCAGAGCUGAGGAACAGCAGUGGUGAGCCCAACAGAGGCCACACAGGCCUCCUUGGCUUCAUAUGUCAAGAGGUACCAUGUUCCUUGCUGGGCUGGAACUAAAGGACUGAGGCAAAGGACCACAGGGCAGCAGAAAGCAAAGCGGGUCCAGAUGAGGGCCAGGGGAGUGGAAUGGGAGUCAAGAUGGAGCAGGAGGUGAGCAAGAGGCCAAGCUACACAGGCCUGGAUGCUAGAAUUUUUUGGUGUUCACUUAUCCCAAGUCUGGGAGGUUCUUCCCUGGCUCUGCACAGGAUAAUCUCCUACAGGUGGUGAGUCAGCCUGUGGCCAGCAGCUGCCCUCCAGGACAUAUAACAGGCAACCAAAGUAGGCCACACAAGUGCCAGGCAUUUCUGUACCUGGCCGAGGCCCAUGAGCAAGGGUUUUUCCAGGUGACUUCAUUCCUAUCAGCAGCAACCCUGAUAGUGUCUGGAGUGGCUCUAAAUAGCUUUUGUCUUUAGGACGCUGGAGGUGGGUUCUGACAAGCUGGCGGGCUGUUCAACAGGCUUGAGGCCCCAUGGCAAAAGUCUAGUCCCCACCAGGUUGCCUCAGAAGCCCUAAGACUGAUGAGCUAGAGCUGAUACUUGAAGUGAACCUUGUGCCUACUGUCUAAAGGCUUUGGUCAGGCUUGCCUGCCACACUGCUGAUGGCGCUCUUUGUAGGGGUGAAGUGCCUGGGUGCUAGGGAUUGCUUGUGGCCCACCCAGCUCUUGGGGCGGUGGCCCGUAACCUUAGUUUACCUGAGGCUCUAACUUCUCCUUGCUACUGGAGUUUGAGCUCCUGUCUGGAACCUGCAGCUGCACCCACUCUGCUCGAUCCCACCCAGAGGACAAGACAUUAGGGAGCUCUGAGCUCAGUCUGCAGAGAAGCAGGGGAAGGCAAGAGCACCCCCUCAAGCUGCUCCCCUGCUAAUGGGUACAGUGAUGACCCACAAGCUCCCUAAAGUCUCCUUCCUCUUGCACUGUUCUUUAUGCCAAGUUUCACUGGUGUAGACACAUACUACUGGCAGGGCUGGGCCCUUAAAUGCCAGAGUGAAUUUUAAAAAACUUCAAAUCAAGAACCACAGGCUGAGAGGCGGGCUAACAGAUGAAGGUUUAGGCUCCCUCACCUGGGUCCUGGAUUACAUAAGGUAGCUGGGUGAUACACAUUUUGCAGCAUUUAUUUUUAGUUUGAUUUUGGUGGCCUUCUCAGGCCAAAAACAAGGCCAUUGUUACCGUGUGAAAAAGAUGACAAGCGCUCCACACACCUUUCCACGGGCAGCCCCUGCCCUGUGGUUACGGAGCCAGCAUGCACUCGGAUGCUGGCACCAUGGGCAAAACAAGCAUUCAAGACCAAGGAGAAGACAACUUCUCAUCUAGAAAAUAAGGACACUUAAGUGACAAAAACACCUUUUUAUAUGGAUCAGUAUUU